GGCCGCUGCCGGCGGGGACAGGCCCGGGGGGCGGGAAGGUGCGCGGCGGGGCAGAGAUAUGUGAGCUGCUGCAUUAUUCUUCUAACACCUUGCACUGAAUACUCAUGGUAUGUCUCAAGGACAGAUCUCUUGUGUGUUCUGAAUGUACCAGCUUGUCCUCAUGAGUGCUCCAGUGGACAAUGUCCAUGAUCUUCUUUGCCUGUGUGGUGCGGGUGAGGGAUGGACUUCCCCUCUCAGCCUCCACAGAUUUUCAUUUCAACCAGGACUUUCUGGAAUGCAGAAGGAGACUGAAGGCAUUAUCCUCAAUUCUGGCACAGUAUCCCAGUCGAGGCACAGCAAAAGGACGUGACCUUAGCAUACAUUUCCUUUCUUCUGGGGAUAUUGCCUGCAUGGCAAUCUGUUCCAGCAAUUACUCUACCAUCAUGGCAUUUUGCUUCCUGGAAGAGCUUCAGUCAGAAUUUGCUGCUUCCUACAGUACAACAAGCAUCAGUUUAGCUUCCAGACCAUAUGCUUUUCUUGAAUUUGAUAAUGUUAUUCAGAAAGUGAAACGCCAGUUUAACUAUGCAAGAGGCUCUCAAAUGAAGGCCAACUGGGAGAAGAUUGAGGAGGAGCUGAAGUUCCAGCCCCCAGUUCAGCUGAGACUGGAGGAUACAGAGCUGAUGAAUGGGAUGACUAAUGGUGGGCCUGCAGGUGUUCAUGUGGAGGUUGUCCCUACUUAUAGAAUGGAGCCUGUGACUCCCCUGGGAAUUCUGUCACUUGUUCUGAACAUCAUGUGUGGAGCUUUGAAUCUCAUUCGAGGAGUUCACCUGGCAGAGUAUUCAUUUCAGGAGGACCAUGAAGGGAUUGGAAAUGUGAUAGCUUUUUUGCUGCUUUUUCUAGCCUGUGUUUUUCAGUGUUACUUGUACCUCUUCUACAGCUGGGCAAGGAAGAUGAAGGCGUUUGUACUCUUUUUCUCUGUCUGUUUAUGCAACAUUUACUUGUAUGGAUUAAGGAACCCCUGGCAAAUAGGCUUUCACAUUGGAGUGGCCUCUCUCUCUUCUUAUCAGAUACUGACAAGGCAACUUCUGGACAAACAGCCUGACUAUGGAGUAUGAAGAAGGCUUUGGGUUUGCUACUUUUAUUUUUACAACUUUGUUUUUUUGUAUCAAACUGGCCAAAAAUCGCUUGGGGUGUUUCUAAAGAUUUGUGACAAUGGGCAUUGCAAGGAAGAUAUUUCAAAGCAACUUGAAAUUAAGUAAGAUACUGUCAUUGUGUCAAACAUGCAGUGAGGAAUCUAUCUUUAUCUAGCAUGGUGUGUGGUAAUGGUGCAUGAUAGAUCUGGUCAGGUAUCAUCGACAGGUGGAGGUUCUCCUGGCCAUAAACAGGCUUUUACUCCUUGACUAAUACCAGCUAGACAGCACUUUGCCACUUGUCUUACUGGCUUUGUAACAGUCUGGCAGGUCAGUGUCCUGACCUGGCAGUGCUUCUGAAAAUAUUAAAAUUGUGUCAUAAAAUGAAAAGUAGUGGGUAACAUUUAAAUGUUAAGCAUUUAAGAUUCUUGGUAAAUGUAAUGAGGAGUUGGUUGCCAUAGUUAGAUGAGUUCAGUAUCAGUGGGAAAAAUUGUGAGGAUGAGCUUCAGGGUAAUUUUCCUAAGUUGUGAAGGAAAGGAAAAGGCUUUAGCCCUUUUAAAAAACACAAAGGCUAUAAAUAUCAACAGCACAGUGUAGUUAAGUAUGUGCUUGUUGGUUAAUUGCAAAUAUGCUUGGGGCAGCAUAAACUAAACCAAUUGAAUGUAAGUGAUCCUUCAGCUCAGGUGACCUUUGUUUCCUUGGAUAAGGUCACCUUUAGUAUAAAGGUAAUUCCAUGUUUGCUUGGUCUGUACAGAUAAUAAAUCUUCCAAGCCCUACUUAGGAUGGGCCACUGACUCCUUCACCUUUUUUUAAAAAAAAUGGGGUAACUGGUGGGCAGAAAGCCAUUUCCAGUAAUGGAAAGCAAGAGCAGAUUCUCUUUAUUAUAUAAAACACCCUUAGUUAAUGGUGUUGAGUUCUUAAGCUCAGAUGAAUUUAUGAGUGUGCACUUUUGAAUGCAGUACUGAAGAGCUAAAAUUCUUAACCUCUGCUGCACUGGGCAUUCUUUUAUGUCAUGUUUUGAGAUGCAUAUGGGCAUUGUAGAACACAGAUGUAUCAUUUAGGCUGUAUAUUGAAAAAAAAUGCAUAGCAUUUUGAUGCAGCUGUCCUUGAAGGGUUGUAGAGUUUUAAAAUGAGGAGAUGUAGAGAACUGUAGGUGUGUUAUUGUGGAAGUGUGGUCCUAGAUGGUCUUUUUUUGUUUUUUUUUUCUUAGGAAACUGUCCCCUGGUCAUUCCAUUUCUUACACCAGACAUUUCUCACCAAAGAUCUAUUUCCCUCUCACAUGGUCUCUACCUCUAGUGGUUGCAAAGAGAUUAACAUGAUGCAGAGUUGUCUUCCUGAACUGGCAGAAACACUUCACAAAAUUACUUCCUUCCAUCUCAGUGAAUUUCCCCAAAAUCUCAUGAUGCCAACUUCAGUAUCAGUGGACUAGUAGACCAGCAGCUGUGGUGCUGUAGCUUGGAAGCACUUCUGUGAUGCAGCUGAGUGCCACAGUGGCAUUGAUAGGCAACCCAUUGAAACCUGAACAGUUUCUAGGACAUCAAGAGACUUGAUGCCAGGGCUUUUUCAGGUAGUAAAAUACAGGUAUUUCUCUUCCAUCUCCUGUUGGUCCAUUCAUUGUAACACAAUGAAAUCCUUUCAACUCUGAGGAACAGUCUAGUAGGAAUGAUGGAGGGAUAUUUUAGCCAGGCAGUUAAGAAAACAGCUAGAGCUGUGUGCCAUAAGGGAGUACUGGUCUGUUCUAAGGGACUGGAUUAAAGUUGUUUGCCAUUACCCUGGUUUUCUGCCAGAACGUAAGUGGAGAAGUGGAGCCAAAAUUCAACUGUUGUCCUUAAGACACUAAGAUGACCCCACAGGUGUGGGGGUUUUAGUACUGACAAGCUUUAACUUUUCAUGCUGUUCAGUCCCAGUUUUACUCAGGAAGGUGCUCUUGGAGGAGACUGCAGGGAAUUAAACCACAAGUUUGGAUUACCAGUUUAAAAAAAAACCCACAAUAAAAUCAGAAAACAGGACACCCCCAAAAAUCUGGUGCCAGAAACUUAAUGUUUGAUUAAGGAUACUAGAUGUGGCAACUGAGUGUGUUUUCCAGGAGCAUAAGCUGGGUAUCAGCCCACAGGGUUACUGUGAGGAAUCCUCCUCAUGGGGAAAGGAUGAAUGAUUCUACACCACAGACAGAGCUUUGUGGAAAGGACUUGGUGAUAUGACCCAACUCCCUGCUCCUGACCUUUUAGCCUCAGUCUGACUAAAGAGUCCAGAAGUGAUCUACUGUUUCUCCAUAGGUUUGGAUAUAUAGCUUAAGGCACACAGAGCAUUUACAAGGGGGGCAGGGGCCAGUGAACAUGGUCUGCUUUUCACUCCUCAUCCUUGUUAUCGAGCUGAUCAGAAUGUUCCUGGUGCUUCCUGAGCAUCUGACUGUUCACUUGAUCAUAAAACAAAAGCGUCCCUGUGCCAGGGGAUGUUAGCAACAGCUCUGCAAUCCAAGUGGUAGAACAAGGUGCUCAGAUAGCUUGUUUAAUGAACGUAACUUGAGUGGAUCAAGAUUAAAUUCAGCUUUUGUUUAAUCUCUUCUUUUUUCCUGAAAGUGUUCCAGUAAAAUAAAACCAGUUGGUUCAGUUCUGCCUUCAUGCACCUUUUAGAUGGAGGAUGUGACUAGAUCUUUUCAACUAAAUGAUCAGAGCUCUGUUUAGCUCUUAAUCCCUUUGCAACCCUUUUUUUUUUGUUGUUUUACCCUGUAAAAUGUGUAAACCAUAUUCAGGAAUCUAUGUGGAUUAAUAAGUGUCCAUUAGUAUCUGCACACUUUGUAGGUUUGCAUUGUGAUUCAGGGAUGAGGCAGAACUUGACCUAUUUUUUUUUUUUAAAUGUUAGUGUUUUGAAUGGCUUCUAUAUCUGUAAGGUAUUUAUACAGUUAAAUUUUUUCUUCUGGUGGAAUAGCAAGAGGAACAGAAUAAUUUACAUUGAUCUCAGUGCUUUAAGAUUUAAUAAAAAAGAAUGGCUUGCAGCUGGAGUACAUGAAAUCUGACUCAUAAGUGGGAUUAUGCCUGUGUUGAAUCAAAUCCCCAAAUAGGAAUCCAUCCCUUUUUGUUCAACUUGAAACUGUUUAAUGUAGUCUGAAUUGCAGCUCCUUAAUUCUGGCAGUUUUCAAGAUAAGUGUUUUGGAAACUCUUUUUUUUUCCUCACCCAGCAGCUCAGUGCAAGAAAAUUGGCAAAGUAUAAACUUCAUUAAUUUAAAGAUUUGCUGUGCUUAGUCACUUUAUACAUUUUCUUUGGAUUUUUUGGUGGGAUUUUUUUUUUUUCUUCCUCCCAAAGAUCUGUUAAGUUUGUAGAAGGUGGGCUGGUACCUUUUUAGACAUUUUUGCACUGUAUUAAUAAUUGAACCUGUGUAAAUGUGUAUAAAUUACUUUUGCAUGUUUCUGUAUAUAUGUACAUAUAUCCAAUAAAUGGCUUUUUUCCUAA